AUGUUUGUCGAUGCUUUUAAUGAAGUUUCAGCUUUACCAAAGAAACCUGAAGAUAACAGUGAAAGUGGACAAAAUGGCGAGAAAAAAAAAGAAAUUUCAAUAACUGGAGAAGUAAAAUUAUUAUCAAGCAAAUAAAUAUUAUUGUUCUUGAUUUGAAAAAAUGUGUGGGUGUAGGAACUGAUGGAUAUAGCAUUAUGGUGUACGAACUUCGUGAAGCUAUUAGUGAAAUCAUUAAAGUAGCAGCAUCUAAUACCCGAAGGUGCCCUUGUUAUAACCAUUCGCUAAAUAAUUGUAUUUCACAAUCUUCACGCGUUUAAAGUAUCAGAAAUCUUAUUGGAGUAAUUAAAAAAAAAUGUAUCAUUUUUUUUCUGAAUCAGCUAAAAAAACAGUUGUUUUAAGAACAUUACAUGCAGCAUUAUGAAACCAAUAAUAUUAUUAACAACCAAAUAUAUAGUCCAUAUAUAAAAACAUAUCAUAGAUAUGUUGAUGACACUUUUAUUUUAUUUAUAGGUUCAAAUAAACAAGCAGAAAAUGUAAUAAACUACUUAAAAAAAAUAAAUAAAAAUAUUCAAUUUACACUAGAAAUACAAGUAAAUAAUAAUUCAAAUUUCUUAGAUCUUACAGUUUCCAUAAUCAACAAUAAAUUUGAUUUUAGUAUUUACAGGAAACCUAUACAAACUGAUGCUAUAAUACUAUAUGAUUCUAAUCACCCUUAUUCUCAAAUAAUAUAAUUUUUUAAUUAAAUAUUCUAUAGGCUUGAACGUAUUCUAUUAGAUAUAUAUAAUUAUCAACACAAGCUCAAUUUGAUCUAUAACAUAGCCCACAAAAAUAAUUUCAAUUUAAAUACUUUUUAAAAAAAAGCACAUAAACAUAUUAAAGAAAAAACAAUAUACAGCUCACCAAAAGAAUAUUAUUAAUUAUUGUAAUAUAAAAUACCAAAAUAAUAUGUCUUAACGAAUUCGUUCAAAUUCUGAACAAUAUUACAAAUAAGGUAAAAAUCGCUUUUAAGACUAAUAAUAAUUUAAUCAAACAUAUGAACAAUAGAACUAAAAACUCCACAAAAAAUUCCCCAUCUUUUGAAAAUGCGGGUAUAUAUAAACUUAAAUGUAACUGCAAUUAAUUUUAUAUAGGUGAGACAAAUAAAAAUCUUAAACAAAGAUAUAAAGAACACAUUUUGAAAAUAAAAUUAAAAAAGACUGUUCCUAAUUCAAAUUUCGCUGAACAUGUUUUAGAAAAUAACCAUAAUAUAAGUUUUGAUAUUAAUACAGACUUAGAAAUAUUAAAUACUCAAAAUAACAUUUAUAAUUCAGAUUUAGAAGAAUUACAAACACACACAAUGAAAUAAAGAAAAAUAAUUUUAAUAAUAUUUUAACUGUUCAAACCGAUUUUAAAAAUAAUUUAUCAAUACAUUUUAGAUAAUAAAUAAUAACCAAAUAAUUUAUAUUCUUAACAUAUCUAUGUCUAAUAAUAACUAAUUUUAAAUAAUUUCUCCUAUAAAAAUAAAUUAUUUCUAUGUGAAACGACUGAUUUGUAUAAUUUUUUUUCUAUAUAUUCCCUACAUUUAAUUUUUUUAUUCAGUUGCGUUUUAAAUGUUGACUGUAAUAUACCCGAUGAUGCCAUUUUUAAUUCGAAACCAGUCGUAUAAUACACUUAUCAUAAUAAUCCAGGCGAUACAUUAAUUUAUUUAUUCAUUUUAUCUUUAUAUAUACAUUUUUUAUUUAUAUAUCUAUUUACUUUUUAUUUUAUCAUGCUAAUAAUACACUUACUAUCAAUUGAGUUUGUUCUGUUUUGUUUUAUUUUAUACUCGGGAGAUUUUAUUACGUCAAAUAACAGUAUAGGUACAUUAGUUCAAAUGUUUCAGUUUAGAUUUAACACACUGCAUAUAAAAUCAUUGUGGAAAAUCACAUUAACUACGCGAAUUUCAUGGUUUUUAAUUCGGUCUCCCACCUCUCAAAGUAAACACACAACAUUUUUCCGUAAAAAAUCGUAUAGGUACUACAGUUAAACUAGAUUACAUACACCUAAAUAAAUGAUGUCAAAAUACCGAAAAAGUAUUAUGGAUGAAUAAUUUUAGCAUGUACAAUGUACAUAUAUAUUCACUUUGUUAGGUGUUACCCGUGUCACGAAAAGAGAUGAAACACUCUCUUUAAUGUAAGUUGUCCAUGGCAUUAGUAAGUGGAUGAUAAACCUGAGCUAAAACUACUCUAAACAUACUUAGGCAAACCUAUUCAACAAUUUCUUUGGAUUCCAAAUGUGAAUAUCUACUGGUUUUACUAUGAUGUGUGUGUGUGUGUGUGUGUGUGUGUGUGUGUGUGUGUGUGUGUGUGUUAGAGAACAAAUUUUCUACCAAAAUCUUGUUCCAAAGUAUUUCUUCUUUUCUAAAAGGUAAUCUUCUUUCGUUGAAUCUUUUUUUUUUGAUUUUUCAAAGGGGCUUCUAAAUAAUUGGGAAAAACUCGUAAGAAAAUUAUAGGUAAAACGGUAAAUAUUUACGUCACGUCACGGCGUUACUUUUUUCAUUGUUUUUUUCUGUUUACACGAUGUUUUCUACCAGAAAUAUUGCUUCAAUCCAAAUACGAAAAGAGAUCAAUUUUUUUUCCUUUUAAUAUUUCACUGACAGGGUAAGUCGUUUUUGGAUAUCUAUUUAAUUUUCCAAAUGUUUUCCAGUUCUUUAACUUGUAGUUUUUUUAACAACUAACAAAAUCUAAAAACAAUAUAACAACGUGUUUUUUGUUGUAAUUUAGUUAAAGAUAUUCACAAGGACUUGAAAUGUUGACAAAUAAAUUAAAUUUGGGUUUCUAGACGUGGUCAAAUUUUAAAAACAAUUGAGCCAUUUGUGAGAUAAUUUUAGACUUUUUAAUUUUUUGUGUUUUUUUUACGACAUUUUUAUUUAGUAGGUAUUUUGUAGAUUUAAUUGUUAGAUUAAAUAGAAAUGUUUAAAAAUAAUAGGAGGUUCUUUAUAUGUCGCUUAUUUCAUGGUUGAAAAAAAAAUUAGUGCAAUUUAGUAUUUUUAUUUUAAUAAGAGUUUUAAUUUAAAAUUUUGACACAUGUGUAGCCGAACUUUGUUUUUCUUUAGCAAUGGUUCAUUAUUACUAAUAGACAUAAAUUAUAUAACUUUAUGUAGCCUACCUUCCCAACUAUCUACCUACAACAGUAGCUGUACCCGUUCCCAGUAUCAGCUCUUUAAAAAAUAAUACAAUUUAUAAAUAUUAAAUACACAUAUUUUUUAUUUGAAUUAUAUUAUCAUGCGGUUAUUUCAAAGCCAUGAUUUAAAUACAAAAGUAAUAUUUAAAGAGUGUCGAUAUAAUUAUAAUAAUAAUCAUAAGGCUGUAAAAUCAGAGAUACUAUCGUAUACUUUUAUUUUUAUCCAUCAUUAUAUACAAUAUACAUAUACUCAUACUAUAUAGGUUUUCGAAAAGCUACACGUUUUUAAAAAUAUAAAAUGGCAAAUAAAAAAGAGAUAAAAAUUCUGGAAAUGCAUGUAAGGCUUUCUCUGUUUAAGGAUUUUAACACCAUAUGUGACAGUUUUUUUUUUAAACUUGUAUUUCAAUCAGACGAGAAGUUAGAAAUAAAAUCUCGAUGUUGGGGGCAUAUAAGUGACGUACGACGGGCUUGGUCUCUUGUGUAAAAUCGCCGUUUAAUUAAUGCGAUAUAUUUACAUUUUUAAUAUCUUAAAAUGGGAUACAGAUUUUUAAUCCUAUGUAAUUGAAAUAUUUUCUGAACCUGUAAGUAUUUUACCAGACAAAAAUUUAAAAAUCCCCAUUUGAUAUUCAUGAAUGUUUACAUCCCCAUUUUGUAAUUUAAUUCCCAUAACACUAUUUAAGUACAUAGUAUGAGUAUCCACCAAGAUAAGUUAAAUGAUUUAUAUUAAAUUAUUGCGCUUCAUCAAAUACAAACAAUAAUUAUAAACAAUUUCUAUACUGAUGAAUUUAAGAAAUUACCUAGUCUCUUUUUGAUAUCACAACUUUUCUAUCUCGAGUAUUUUUUUUCUUAGCGAGAUUUUCACACGUAGUUGACGAAAAGUUUUUGUUGGAAUAUCACUCAUUUUUUAUUAUAAUUUUGGAUAUAAUUAAUCUGUGUUUUUUUUAACCGAGUGAAAAAUUACAGAGACAAAAUAUCUUUGUUGUUUUAUGGAUUGAAUAAAUGAGUAUAUGGUGUAUUGCUAUGAAUAUAUGCUAUGUAUGUUGCUGAAAAACAAUACUAUAAUAAUAAAGCGAUAAAAUAAAUAAACAAAAUUGUAUUUAUUCUCUGCAAACGACUACCGUCGCCAACACGUGGUAACACGUACACUGGUACAUUAUUGAUUUUUUUUUAAAAAUAGCGUUUUGAGUAAAAACUAUGCUAAUACUUUUGCAUGUUAUUCAAGCUGCAAUCAUCUGAUCAAUUUAAAAUUUAUAUAAGUAUCAUCUGUAUAACAUAUUGAUCAACCCGUGUAAAUUUUAAAACAAUAAGUUUAUUAGUUUAGGCUACAGAAAGGUCGGACCAUAUGCCAUAAAAUUGCACAGUUUAAAAUAUAGGAAUUCGCCGUCACGUGCAAUAUACUGCACAACGCACGAGUUUUUUUUUCUACUUAGCUCUACGCCACGACCACGUCGCUGGAUAUAUAUAAUUAUUAUAUUAUAUUUUUUUUUAGAUGUAUCACAUUUUAAUUUAAUUUAGGUUUUUUUUUUUUUAUUGGGUAAAAUUUUAUGUUGAAUUAGGUAAUUUUGUAGUAGAAAUAUAAACUAUAAAUACAUUUGAACAUUGUAUAAACGAGUCAGUCAGUCGAUCAGUUAUAAUUUGAAGAUAAUAAUUUUCAAAUAAUUGAAAAUAAUUGUACAGAUAGUAGUGUAAGCUCAUUGAUAAAACUCAGUCUUAUACCAGUUAUUCUUUGGACUAGUAAAAUGUUAUUUUAUAAUAUUAUAUUAUGGAAAAAAGAUUAUUUUUAAGAAACUAUUAGAAUAUUAUAUAUGAAGCCCGAGGAAAAGACCAUCAAGUGAAAAAGAACAGAUUCAAAUGAUUAAAGAGAUUGAAACAGCUAAAACUAAAAUAUAAGAUUUAAGUAAAAAAAUAUGUUAAUAAUACAAAAUUACAACUACAUAUUUCAGUAUAGGCCAUCAUCAAAUUAUCAUUUCAUUUUUAUAAUUAUUAUACACAGUAACUUUUUAUUAUUAUUAUAAUUUUAUAAAAAUAUUAUAUGAAUAUUAAAGUUAUAAAUGAAAAUUAUUAUUUUUUAUCUAUAGACAUACGAAAAUUCUUCGAGAGUAUUAUUUACUUACCAUGUAUAUAUAUAUAUAUAUAGUAUUUAAAAUUGCGGAUCAAAAGUUUUUGAUAUACAAUCGGCAAACCCCCAGCAAAUUAUGCUAAUAUAAGGUAAUACAAUAAUAGUAUUUUGAAUUCAGAGCUUAGCGAGGGAUUUAUUGGUUAUAUUAUGAUGUGUUUUUUUUUUUUUUUUUUUUUGAGUCUAUGAACAACUAAUAAUAUAGACUUAUUAUUUUCCUGUAAUAAAUAGAUAAUUCUGAUAAAACCACGACUUCAGUAAUAUUUUUUUGUCUAGUUCACUAUCGAUAGGUUAUGAUGAAAAUACAAUAUAUUAUUAUGAUAAGAUAAGUUAAAUAAAAGAUAUUAUUCUAAACGUUAUUUGCGUUGCUCGCUACACUCAGAAUCUAAUAUUAAACAAUACAAAUGAGUGUAUUUUAAUAUAUUAUUUUUAUAAAUCUACAAAGUAGAAAUUUUGAUUAAAAUCGUAAAAAUUACAGGACUUCAUGUAUUAGCAUACUAAUUUUAGGAUAAUGUGAACUAAAUUAUUUAAAUUCAAUAUUAUAUUAUUUAUAAGUACAUUGUAAGCUAUUAAAACUUAUAUGAUAGAACAAAAUCUUUCAUAUAAAUACUAAGUAUGGUGAAAAUGUCAAAAUUCGUAUGGCAAUAAAAUAAAAAGUACUACAUUCCUAGACCAGUUAUUACAAUUUUUUUAACCGUAUGUCAAACUUGAGGUUGUAAAAAUCGAUGAACCGCAAACUUGUUAUUAAACACAUUACGUCAAAUGAUUUUAACGAAAGAGGACAAGUGGACCUAAUUGAUUUUUAGACUGUCUCGGAUAGAAAAUACAAAUGUCAAAUGGACACUAAACUAUUAUGAUCAUAACACAAAAUGUAUACUCCGUCCCAUGGAAAGUAAAAGGACAGUAAAAGUUGGCUAAAAUACUAUUUUCCUAACAUUUGGAGUACUAAAUAUUUUAAAGAGUGAGUAAACUGUGUAUUAGAUGAAUUAAAACAAAUUUGGUCCGAGUAUGUCAUUACAUAUAUGGACGUCCAAGGCAUCCACCGAGUCAAAGAAUUUUUGAUCGAGCCAAUCAAGACGUUAAAUAUAAUAUGUUAAAAGUAUGCAUGAAAGACAAUCUUGUCCUAGAGAUGGUCAAUCGGUUUUCAGUUUGUUUAGUAGCAAAAAAAAACUGUUCAUUUCAUCAUAUUAUUGGUAGAAGCCCAUAUAUAAUACUUUAUUUUAAACCGACCCAUUAAUUUGGACUAUAACAGUAAAUUCUUGAUAAGACUAAAAUGCUUCCCAACAGGAAGUUUUUAAAAUUAAGUAUCAAUUGAGUAUUAAAUAGGAAAUUUCCAGGACCAUCUAUAUUAAUAUGCUUUUAGUGUAUAAUACUAAUAUAUAGUUAUAUAUUAUUACUUAUAUAUAUAACCUAUACCUUAUAGCUGACUUAAAAUGACUUCCACCAACAAGUCUAUAGCAUAUUUUCAGAAAUAAAAUUUAGUCUAGUUAGUAAAUUGACGAUGUUUAUAGGUUAAGGUAUAUUAUAAUUUGAUGAUGACGAUCGAAAAAUACUAUAAACGACAUCUGAAAUCGGAUCGCGAGAGUGUGUGGUAGUGAAGUAGGUAGAAGCGCGGUUGGAGAGGAAAGACUACAGAGUGCGACCGUAUCGCGUGGUAACAACAACAAUAAUAACGAAACGAUACGAUACGAGCGCGGGACGAACGGGGUUCCCCUACACGACACGCAGUAGGAGUAAAAAAGAAUAAAAAAAAAAAAAAAAAAAAAAAUAAAAUUAGUAAUCAUCAAGUGGUUCGCCGCUGCCACCGUACGGUUAGUAGUGUUUGGACGGUCGGACAUGUACGACGGCGGUAUGACGUGUUUUCACAGAAUCGACGAUCAUCGCGUGUGAUAAUCAAAGGAAAAUCAGUAGCAGCAGCAGCAACAAGUGUCAACGGCUGUAUACAUUUUCGGUUUCCGUAAGAGCAGUCGCACAAUUUGAACGUUAUUAUUAUUAUUAAUUCUUAUCACAUUUCGAAAUAAAAUGUCUGCAACAUGUAGGUACUUAUAACAUCUGUCUUCCAUCGAAAUAAAUACUCGAAUAUUUUUUUUCUCGUUCUCACACUGUAAUCGCUCGAGUAAUCUAAAUUUAUUUUAUAUACGAAUAUUUUUAUUUUUAUUUUACGUGUACGUGUCCACUCAAUUAUAAUCGUGUAUACAUAAUCGUGUAACAUGUAUUGCGUACACGUAUCCGAGACGUUUUAAUCGCGUGCAUACUUUUGAUAAUUAUAGGUAGGUAUCUAUUAUUAAAUGUUCAUCGAUUCUUUGAUUUGUGAAACAUAAAACAGUGGUAUUGAUGAUGUAACAAGUCGUGUAAUCAUAAUAUUAAAUCCAAAUUAACGUAUUUAGGGGAAAAACCUAACCGAAACGGAGGAAUCAAUUCGCAGGUAUAAGGCGACAUAAAGAAAAUUUGCAGGCCCAGAGCAAACUGUCCAGACUACACAAUUCACAAUAAUUUUGUAUUUUUAUCCUGCUAUUAAUUAUCCCAAAUUUUCUAAGUAAUAUUAUGAUGAAAGAUGUAGUAGCAGGUACGAUGUAGUUAAUUAAAAUUAUUUCUACCAGUAAUCUUGAUCUGAUUAUUAAGUGUAGUACUUUUUCUGCAGAAAGAAAAUUGUAUCUGGGUGAUACUUAAAGUAGGUCAUUUUUUUAUUUUUCAAACAGUUUUUAAAAUAUUUGGAAAUAACAUAAGAAAAAUGGUAAAAUUUAAGAAAUUUAAAAUAAUAAAUUUCGAUUUAUGUUGUGAUUCAGUUAAAAUUAUUCGAAAACACUUGAAAUUUAAACAAAUUAUUUAUAUUUAUCUUUUCCAGUAGUGGUGAAAUUUUAAAAAUAUUUUAGCCAUUUUAGAUUUAUUUAUAGACAUUUUAAUUUUGCAAAUUUUUUACGGAAUUUUUAUUUAGUUAUCUACUAUGUGAAUAAAAUUAUUAGAACAAACAUAAAUGCUUGUAAAUGUAAUGGGAAGUUUAUUCUAGGUCGUACUUUGUGGUCAUUUAAAAUUUUUUUUGCAAUAUUUUAGUGUCAAAUUUUGAAGUAAAUCGUAAAUAUUAUAGCCUUUCAAAAUAUGUAUAGGUAACCUAAUUCCGAUUAGAAUCGUUUUUCGUUAGCAUUGUGUCAUAUUAAAUUCUCCUUUAUAUCCUACCUUCCCAACUUCUCACUUACAACAGUGUCCAACCCAUUGUGUGAAGUAUGUACGUCUUUUUUUAAUAUAAGCUUUAAACAAUAAUUAUGUAGUUAAAGUUAUUAUUAUAUUACGCGCAGUUUUUGUGACAUACAAAAAUACUAGUUUUUUACCGUCCCCCCACCGUGCUUUGAUCUCGAUUUAUGCCCGAAAAAACCUACAGUCCUGUAACAGUAUUACAGUAUAAUAGUGCAGCACUCUAAAAUUUAGAGUCUAAAAGGUAGUACGACAUCACGACAUCGUCAGGCUAAAAACUUAUAAAAUAUAAAAAUAAUUACCAUGCAAAAAGCAAUGAGUAUGAUGGCAAUAUUGCACACUACAUGAUAACAAUAAUGACAUUUUGACAUUUUGACAAGAAAAAAAAACUAUAUAGUUUUAUAAUUUAAUUAUAAAUUGUUUUCAAUCAUCCACGUGCAUCAGACGUGCGUGUUAAAUGUUGAUAGAUUAUUUUAAAAGUUUUAUCGUUCAUCAAUAAUAAUAACGAAUUUAUUGUUUUAAAAACUAAUUUUUACAUUCGAUAGUAAUAUGAUUUACGGAGUACGUGAUUAUGUUAUUAUAGAAAUAAUUGAUUUUAUAUUCGUCAAAUUGUAGAAGGUACUUACAUUAUUCUUCAUACUAUUAUCAGUCAUAAACCUAAAGACAAAUGGACUGAUAGCAGAGAGAAAAAGAAAAAGAGAAGGUCGAAAGACAGAAAUUAUCAGAAAAAGGAUGUACCAAACAAUUCUUAAACACAUUUGCUAUACAUCCAUUAAUAAUAAACUGUCCUAGGAUAAUGGGGACAGGUACGGUCACUGUUAUAGGUAAUUUAAUGUAUAUCUGUAAGUAACGAAUAAACAUUACUAAUGAAAAUACGAUUCUGAGCGGUUGAUAGUAUUGCUUUAACAACAAUAUAUAUGACAUAAGCAUUAUAUAUUUUCUUUAAUAAUAUUGUAACUAUUUUCCCUUUUUUGCUCCGUUUUUUCAAUUUAUUGGAAAAACUCCCAAGAAAAUUAAAAAAUUACCCCAGUCCAAUUUCCUUUCAGAAAAAGUGCUAAACUUGUAAAUCAGAGUAGAAAAGUUAUCCAUAGAAAAAUAAAUAAACAUCAUGUAAAACCAAUACUUUCAUUCUUCGCUCUGCUGAGAAUCUAAAAAAAAGGCGAGAGAAAAAAAAACAGAGAUAGAGAAUUUUAACAAGGGGAAGUGGAAAAAUUAUAUAAAUACUAUACAGAAUUUACAAAAAAAAAAUUCAAAUUUGAAGCGCGGUAAGGGAUCUAUUGGUUUUACUAUGAUGUGUGUUUUAGAUUUUGAGUGUAGGAUAGUAGUUGAAUAGUUUUGCAAAGAUAUUAAUUUUUUUUUAUUUCUAUCUGUGUGCAACUUUUCUACUAGAAAACUUACUCAGAUUUUUAUGUGUAGCACCUUUUCUGAAAGGAAAUCGGUGUAGGGAAGUACUUUAAGGAAGCCAUUUUUUGAUUAUCACAGAAAUUUUCUCCUCAAAUAGGAAAAACUGUAAAAAAAAAAAACGGAAAAAUAUAAGAAAUGUAGAUAUUAGUUAAAAUAUAUUAUGCCUUUCUUUCUUUUCUACACAACUUUUCUACCAGAAAAUCUGCUCCAACUUUUAAUGAUAGCAAUUUUCUGAUAGGAAAUUUAACUGGGGAGGUACUUUUGGGAGGUCACUUUUCGACUUUCUUAAAAGUAUUCCCAGAAAAUGAGAAAACCCGGGAUAAAACAUGGGGAAACUGGGAAAAAAUCGGUACACCAUUAAACAAAUAUUAUUAAAGAAAAUAUAUAAAGCCUAUUUAAUUAUUUUAAAUAACAUAUUUAUUUAUAUAAUAUUUAUUCACAAAGUAUUAUUAUUAACUGAACUCUGCUCAGAAGCGUUUUUUUGUAAGCAAUGGUUUAUCAUUGUUUACAUGUAUACAUUGAAUGAUCUAUAAUAAUGGCUGCACCGAUCUCCAUUAACCUAAGACGUCUUUUUUUUGUAUUUUUUUUUCCAUCUGUGAACAACUUAUCUAUCAUAAUUCUUGAUCCAAUGUAUGAAGUGUAGCACCUUGUCUGGUUGGUCAUUUUUUCAUUUUUGAAGAAUACAUUAUUCUCAUACAUGUUUACCCUGUCUAUAACAAGAACUAAUGGACAUUUAUAAAUAUGAGAACAUUAUGAAUCUAAGUGAUAUUUGUAAUUACAAAUUGCAAAAAAGAAUAAUUACAUGUUUAUCGCUCCUGCAGUUAGUUAAAUGUCUGUAAAUUUAAAUUGAAAAAUGGGGGUGGAACUUGACAUUUUUAAAAAGGUUUUAAAGGCAUGAACUUUUAUACAACACUGUGGAACCAAAUAUUUUGUAAAUAUAAGUCAUAUUAUAUGUAUUAAAUGUGUAAAACAAACAAUAAAAGUUAUCUUUAUAACUAUUACAUUUUAUACAAAUAAAAAAAUAAAUGUCUACGAAUAAAUGUUUGACAACUUAAUUAUAAUAAUAGGUUUAGUGCAGGGAAUAAAAUCGUCCACGACUUAAAAACAACUAAAAAAAUAAUUGAACCACAGUAUGAAUUUUGUAUUAAAUUUUUAAGAAUUUUUAUGAAAUCAAUUUAAUCUAUGUAAUACCUACCAAAUAAAAUCUUUAAAAUGUCAAAUGUCUAAAAAUAGCUGACAAAUUUAACGCUUUUAAAAAUUUGACUGCAUCUAAAAAGGCCAAUAUAAGUAUAUGUAAGUAGUCUGUGAACUUUUAAGGUCACGACGAAUUCGUUGAAUUGAAUUCAAAUAAAUAAAAAAAUAAAAAAAUAAAAAUAUAUCUUUUACUGUUGUAAAUUUGUCCGUAUUUCUUUCAAGUUUUUUUUCUCAAUUUUCCCCAAAUGAAAACUGCUUAGAAAAUCAAAAAAUACCCCAACUUCAUCCAAAAUUUAUUAAAAAAAUGUUUCAGUGGAGCAAAUAAUAUAUUGGUUUUUUAAUGGAGUUUAUUUUUUUAUUUUGUGGACAAUUUCUCUACAAGAAAUUUUGUUCCAAUUUUUAAUUAUAGCAGUUUUUCUGGAAGAAAAUUUGACUGGAAUGGUACUUUGAGAAAGUAAUUUUUGAUUUUCCCAGUUAUUUUCAUAUUAAAUUCAAAAAACUGAAGUAUAUUCUGUAGAUACAAUUGUAAGACCAAACAGAAAUGCAUGACAAUCUAACAGGAGUUCAUUAUAACUUGUACUUGUCGUUUUUCGUUAGCAAAGAUUAAUCGUUGCGUCUGAUAUACAUUAAAUUAUCCUCUAUACCUUUCUAACUUCUUACCAAGACAGUGACUUAUCCAUUGUUCGAAGUAUGUCUGUUUGUUUUUACUAUUAUUUCUAUAUUUUUAGUUCGCACGAUAGAACCUUAUUGUUUGUUACACAGUAACUGCGGUAAUGAAUUUUGCUGGCCUCAGAAGGUGAGAUACUUUACGUGGUGUAUCCAGAAAUAUUAGAUGCUUAAAGCAAAUAUUAAUUUGAAGUUUAAAAAUAUAUUAAUUUAUAACAAAAUACUUUCAGUCCACCAAAGGUGGACUUAACAUCUAUUUGUUUUCAUAUAAAACAUUAAAAUACAAUGUACAUGUACGGUCAAUACCAACAAGUAAUAUGUAUAAAACAAUUAAUAAAAAAUUGGCACGGGCAACGACGGGUGUGUCAGCUAUUAAUAAAAAUUUAAUUUUCACUAAAUGGAUAUUGGAUACAUUUCGUAAAGUGAGCAUCCACUUUAUGAAAAUAGUGAUUGCACUUCUUUGAUGCGACCAGAUAUAGCACGAUCAGAAAUAUGACAUUUUAAACUUUAUAGGCUCUAACAGUAUUUGCAGUAAUUAAUAUUUUUUCUAGAACUGCCUUUUUUCAUAUUAUAAUUUUUAUAAUAUUAUUACACGAAUUUAUUUAAAUUCUCUUAAACGAGGAUACUAAUUCCAUGCGCAAGAUUAUAGUUAUCUGUAUAAUAAUUUGACCAUAUUAAUAGUAAAUACAUAUGUUAUGGUCCAAGUGGAAAAAUUGUUCAUUGUAAACACUGAACGGGUAUUGUGUACAUUGAACGGAAUAUUUGGGCAAUGUAGAUUAUAAAUAUUUAUUUCUCUUAUAGACUAAUCAUGGUAUAUAAUGCUAAAACUGGUACGGUUAUUCUGUAAAAUGUUUAAUACUUCAUACUAAACGUUAAAGUUUAUUUCAGUACCUACCCAGUAUCAUUAAUAAAUAUACAACAUAAAUUUGAUGUACUAAGGGAAGUAUAAUUUAAUAAGUCAGUAAUUUGCACGCAUUAUCAAAAUUUUAAACCAGUUAGUUAAUAAAAUAAAAUCAGUAUCAGAAAGAUAAUUUUGUGAAUGAAUAAUUGGACAAUCUGUAAAAAUACCUGAUUUAGUCAGAGUUCGAAGUGACUUACUUACAAUCAAUUUUGAGAGUAAUUAUGUUAAAUAUUAUAAGUAAUCAAAUUUAUAUUACUAACAUAGUAAUUUGUAUACUAAUGUGUAAUUAAAAUUUGUUAACUGUGGAAGAUUAAACAAAAAUUAGACAAAAUUACAAAUUAAACACUACCAAAGGUAAAUUACAGCACUAUUAUAUUAAACAUCUGUUUAUGAUGUGCGAAGAACAGUUUGUUAAUGUUUAGAAUGUGCCAGACAUUCAUAGUUAUUACUUAUUAAAAAAAUAGCUAGGCUGUUUUCCAAUCUAGGAGGCCAAGGUUAUGGCCGCUGCAAUUUAGUCCAAAAAUAUGUAAAUGUAAAACUAUAAUAAGCUAAGCAUAUUAAACAAUUUUUGCAUUUGGUACUGGCAGUAUUGCCAUUAUAUGUAGUAUCUAUAGUAUAUGUGUAUAAUUAUUCUCGUAGUUUGAAAAACUUGGGCGUUUCAUUCAACUCCCGGUCAAUGUUUGCAAUGAUCAUUUUUUCACUUCGAUCGUAUUAUGCACAUGUAUAUAUACGCGUUUUUUUUUUUUAAACGCAUCGUGAUAUACAGAGUGAUUUCAUUUCAUUACAUGUCCGUGUAGAUUUUGAUAAAUGGGUAAAAUAUUUGUUUUAAAUAGAUUAAGCAGAUACUUCUAUUUUUAAACAGCAACCUAAUAUAAUGUUAAUAACCUAAUAAACAGUUCAAUAAAAUAAUACAGAUUCUCUUUUGCGGAUCCUAGUUGAAAAUGUACGGGUUGAAAAUCAAAAUGAGACUAUAUUAUGAAAUAUGUACGGAAUAGGAGUAAAAUGUUGGAAAUGAGCAACACAAAAAUCAAAAUCAAAUUUAGUACUCAAAAUCUUCGUAGAUGGUGUUAUAAUAUAAUAGCAGUUGAUUCGCAAUGAGAAAAAAAAUAAUCACUCUGUAUAUAGACGCAAAUAAUUAUGCUACGCAUUGACGUCGAUCGUGCAUAAAAUAAAAUAUAGGUAGGUACGCGUUCAUGUAUAUUAUAUAAAACGCCGAAACAGCAGUACCUAAUCUUUUUGUGUUCAUUGAAAACUAUGCGAUUCCUUUGUGUUAUUCAAUUUCCAAAAUUUGUAUUGACGAUAAUAAAUUACGAACGAUAACUUUUUUUUUAGGCAGUAAUUAUACAUGAAACAAGCAUAUUAUAAGAGGGUCGGUUGGUAUCUUACCAUUGCACAGUGCAACAGCAAUAUUCCCACAGCAUUUGAAAAUACGCUCUUUUUCGAGUGGCGAGGACGAUAAAAAAAAAUUAAUAAUAGUAUAUUUUGGUACAUAAUAGGUGUAUCCUAACAUAACUCACUAUUAUAUACUCCACCAUAAAAGUAAAAAUAAAUAUAUUCAGAAUACAAAACAGAAUUAUACACCUAUCUGGGUCACACGAUGCAGUCUGUUUAAUAAUGUUUAUUUGUCUUAGGUUUUUUUUAUAAUAGACAAAUUAUUAAAAAAAUUUAUUUUAACCCUGAAACACAUAACAAUGUAUAAUACGAUCAUUAAUUUUACGCGAAACUAUAUUUUUAAUUUUUCCUCCAUCGUUUUAAGUAAAAUGAAAUCGGUAAUUUCUUUAAUUUAUCAACUUAAAUUAAUAUAAUUUGUCUGUACUAGGACUUUGUUACUAUGGAUUUAUUACGGGUAUUUAAAACACGAGUACACGGGUAGACGUGCAUUUAUUAUCACACGUGUAUAUCAUAAUACACGGUAUUUAUUAAUGCACGUGAUUUUGAUGUUGACCAUUGCGUAAUCCCGUCCAGUUAAAAUAUUAAUAUUCUGAUUUGACAUAAUAUAAUUUUAAUCAAAUAAAAUUGUUUGUUCAGCAUAUACAGUAAAAAUUACAUUGAUAAAAGGUCGUUUUACAUAAGAAAAUAAUAAUAUUCUCAAGACUAAAUAUUGGAGUACAAAAAGUGUCCGAAUGUACAUAAACAUGACUAUUAUUAAGUGCACGUACAUUUUUAAAUACACGAAUUCUAUAAUAACACGCGUACUCUGGUAUUUAAGUACACGUAAAAUCGUAAGCUCUAGUCUAUAAGCUUGUAUUCGCAUUCAUUUUUGUUUAAGAUCGACUAUAAUAAUUAUUGUAAUAAUAAGGUAUUCAAAACUUCGAUAUAAAUAAAUAUAUAUAUAUAUAUAUAUAUAUAUACAUAUAUAUACCUAGUGAUUAUAGUAUUAUAAAUUAUAAUAGUUAUUUACUAUUAUCACAAUAAGAUCGUUUUCAUUAUCUAAUACUAUCGUUUUAAUAAAUUCAAACUUGUAAACGAUGAUAUUUAUUUAAAAGUAUUUUUAAACACAAAUACAGAUAAGUUUUAAAAGUAUUUAUAAAAACUUUUUUUUUUUAUUUUUAUCAAAUAUUAUUAUCUCAUAAGUAGUUCUUCAAAUUGGUAAGUUAUAUAUAAUCUAAAAGAUUCCGAGCGUAGCGAGUUUUACUAUGAUGAGUGUUUUUAUUCUGCCCGUGAACAACUUUUGUAUCAAAAGACUUGCUCCUAAACAUAGACUGUAACACUUUUUCUGAAAGGUAAUUUUCUUUCAUUAAUGCACUGGGGAUCACAUUUUUUCCAAGGGGUUUUUGAAAUAAUUGAGAAAAACCUGAAAGAAAAUUUUAAGUAAAAGGGCGAAUACUUAAGGCGCGCCACGGCAUUGCAAUUUUCAUGGUUUUUAUUAUGUCAACACAAUGUUUCCUACCAAAAAUAUUGCUCCAAUCUAAAAAAAUGACAAGUAAUCGAUUUUGUUUCUUUUAAUAUUUGGUUAUGUUAGAGACAGUAGUUUUUUAAUAUCUAAAGUGUUUUUUAUAAUAAUUAGGAAAAACCAAAAAAGACGAACUACACGAUUUCCUCCAAAUUACGGCACAACGAUUCCAGUAUUUUAAAUUUUAGAUUCUGAGUGGGGUGAAGAAGUUUAUGGUUUACAAAGAUAAUUAUUUUUUUUUUUAUCUGUGGACAACUUUUUUAUCAGAAGAGUUGCUCAGAUUUCUAAAUGUAGAUUUUAUGAUAGCACCUUUUCUGAAAGGAAAUCAGUGUGGGGAGGUACUUUAUUUUUCGAUUUUCUCAAGAGUUUUUAUAUCAAAUUUGAAAACCAAAAAAUAACGGGAAAAUAUAAGAAAUGUAGAUAUUAGUUAAAAUAUAUUACGACCCUUUUUUUUAUCUGUGUAUAAUUUUUCAACCAGCAAUUUAAUUCCAACCUAUAAUGAUAGCAAUGAUUCUAAAAGAAAUUUCACUAGAAAGGUACUUUAGAGAGGUAAUUUUUGGAUUUUCUUAACAUUUUUCUCAGUAAGUGUAAAAAACCGGGAUAAAAUAUGUGAAAACCGGGAAAAAAUCGGUAUGACAUUAAACAAAUAUUGUUAAAGAAAAUAUAUAAGCCUAUUUAAUUAUUUUGCUAUAAAAUGUAAUAUAUGGUAUAUCGUUGACAAAGCAUCACUAUCAAUUGAUCUCCCCUAAGAAUCGUUUUUUCAUAAGCAAUGGUUUAUCGUUGCUUACAAAUAUACAUUAAAUUACCUAUAACAGUGGCUGCAUCUAUCUCCAUUAUUUUAGGACGUAUUUUUACAGCCUAUGUAUUUUACCAAAAAGAUUUCUUCAAUAAAAAAUGAUCAAGGUAUCUUUUUCUUUUAAUUUGGAAUCUAAUUGGUGAACAAAAAAUUUGUUUUUUCAAAAAUAUAUGUGUAUAAAUAAAAAUGUUAGUAAAAAGCUAAAAUUUUAAAUUUUUUAGUUCUAUUGUUUAUAUAUUGGAUUAAAUUAUUAUUAGUCUUAAAAGCGAUUUUUUAUUAUUUGUAAAUAAUUUGUUAAUAAUUUGAAAUAAAAAUAAUUUCAAUUUAAAUACUAUUAAAAAAAAUUCAUAAAAUAAACGUAUUAAAGAAAAAAUAAUACACAACUCACCAAAUAACAUCGUUAACUAUUGUAGUAUGAAAAACCAAAAAAAUAUUUGUAUAGUAUUUUUUUAAAUACCAAAGACGAUUUUGCUAAAUUUCUGAACAAUAAUACAAAUAAUGUAAAAAUCACUUUUAAGACUAAUAAUAAUUCAAUCAAACAUAAAAAUAAAAGAACUAAAAACUUCACAAAAAAUCCUUCCCAAAUUUUAUUUGGGUAAGACAAAUAGAAAUUUUAAAAUAAAAUAUAAAGAACACAUUUUGGAAAUAAAAUUUAAAACAAUUGCCUCUAAUCAAAAUUUUGCUAAACAUGUUUUAGAAAAUAACCAUAAUAUAAGUUUUGAUAUUAAUACAGACGUAAAAAUAUUAAAUACCCAAAUUAACAUUUACAUUAAUUCAGUUUUAGAAGAAUUACACAUUCACAAUGAUGUAAUGAAAAAUAAUUUUAAUAAUAUUUUAACUGUUCAAACCGAUUUUAAAAACAAUAUAUCAAUAAAUUUUAGAUAAUAAAUAAUAACCAAAUAAUUUUCGUUUCUUAACAUAUCUAUAUAUGUCUAACAAUAACUAAUUUUAAAUAAUCUCUUAUUGAAAUAAAUUAUUUCCAUGUAAAACGACUAAUUUGUAUAAUUUUAGAUUCUGAAUGUAGCGAAGAAUAAAUUUAUUUUGAAGAUGUUUUAUUUUCUAUUUUUUUUUUUACUGUGUACAAAAAUUCUACCAUAAAUCUUGCUCAGAUAUAUACGCGUGACACCAUUUCUGAAAAGGAAUGUUGUCCAGAUAGUACUUUUGACAGUUCAUUUUUUGAUUUUCUUAGCGGUUUUCAUAAUAUCUGGAAAAAACUAGGAUAAAAAGCUUUUUAAAGUUUUGAUAUUAUGCGAAUAUUAUAUGUUAUGUAAAAUAACUCUAUAUUGUCCGUCUAAAAGUAUUUUUGUCGUGAUCUAAUAUAUGUCUAUGUACUAUGUACGAAAUAUACCUACAUUAGUAAACAAAUAUUAUGGCCUUUUUUUCUUUGUACAAUUUUUCUAUCAGCAAUUUCGCUUCCGAUUUACAAUGAUAAAAAUUUUUCUGAAAAAAAUCUAACUGGGAAGAUAAUUUAAGGAGGUCAGUUUUCGAUUCUUCUAAGAGUUUUCUCGGCAAAUGUGUAAAACCUGGAAAAAACAUGGGAAAAUCGGUACAAUAUUAAACAAAUAUAAUUAAAGAAAAUAAAUAAUUCCUAUUUAAUUAUUUUACUAUAAUAUGACACGAUAUCGUUGACAAAGCAUUAGUAUCAACUGAACUUCGCUCAGAAUCGUUUAGCAAUGGCUUAUUGUUACUUACAGAUAUACAUUAAAUUACCUAUAACAGUGGAUGCACUCAUCUCCAUUAUCCUAGGACGUCUUUCUUUCUAUAUAUUUCUUCAUUUGAUAUUUUAUACACAGUCGAGUUUUACAUUUUGACUGUGAUAUACCUGAUGAUGAAUUAUUAAUUCGAAACUGAUUCAGAAAGGUUUCCUACUUUAACCGAAAUUUUAAUUCAGAUUACUGCACUGUGCGCGUCGAGUAGAUAACUCGGAUAAAACAAAUUUUGUUUCAACAAAUUAAAUUAAAUGUCCUGUAGUAUAUUUUUUUUAGAUUCUAAGCAGAGUGAGAAAUGUAUUCGUUUUAAAAUGAUGUUGAUUAUUUUUAAUUUUUUAUACGAAUAGUUUAAAACUAUGAACUAUAACCAUGAAACUUAUUCCUACUAUCAAAUAAAGCACAUUUUUUGAAAUGAAAUGUUCUCUGGAUGAUACUUUAGAGAGGUCAUAUUCUGAAAUUCCCGUUAUUAUUCGAGAUGAUGAGGAUUACGUGGUUCUUUAAGUUAAAAAAGAUAAAAUGAUUAAAAACAAAGCUGUUAUAGGAAACCAUUUUUAUUUAUUUUUUGGUAUUAUUAAGUUUUUAUUAUUUUAAUCUUUUUUAAACUAUCAUUAUUGUCAUGGAAAUGCAACUUGUAAUCAUUUUACUGUAAUAUGACAUAUUUAUUAUUGACAAAGCAACACUAUCAAUUGAAAUCGGCUCGGAAUAGUUUUUUCGUUAGCAGUGGUUAAUCGUUGCUUACAGAUAUGGUACAUAGAUAUGGAUACAUGGUGAUUUUUUUUUAUCAUAAACCAGCAAUUAUCUCAGAGGAUUUUAAGUGAAUUUGAUUUUUAUUUUUCUGAUCAUUAUGGAAUCGUUUGGGCUUUAUUUUAAACCCAUUUUUAAUUUAUUAUCCCUCCUGCGUAUAAUUUAAAUAAAAGCAUACUUUUGAUUUUCAAAUAGGAACCUUUUGAACACAGAUUUGAACACUAAAUAUUUUUCUAGAAAUUUUGAUAUGCAUAACACUAAUAUCAGAUUUCCCGUUUAUAAGUUAUAACAGUUUAGAAUGUAACCUAGAGGAAUAGAGAAGGGUCAUAGAUAGGUAACUUAUAACCCUAGUAGGGGUAAAAAAAUUAAAAAUGGGUUUAAAAUAAAACUUAAACGAUUCCAUAAUGAUUAGAAAAACCAGACAUAAAAUUUACUUAAAAUGAGAAAGUAUCUGAGAAAAUUGCUGAUUUUUGAUAAAAAAAUCACUCAGUACAUUAAAUAACUUUAUAUAUCCCGACUUUCCCCGCUACCUACCAACGACAAAGACCCGUCCCCAGUAUCAGCUCUAUUUUUUUUUUUAUAUAUAUGUGAACAACUUUUCUACCCUAAAUCUUACUUCGAGUGUAGUACCAUUUUUUAAAAGGAAAUGUUUUUAAUUAAAAAUGUCUUUUUUUUGAUUUUCCAACAAGUUUCCAAAUAAUUGGAAAAAACUUGAAAGAAAAUUUUAGAUGAAACAUCAUACAUUUACGGCACGCCGUGUCGUUUACGAUUUAAUUGUUUUGAAUUUCUGCAACUUAAGUUUUUUGCCAGAAAUUUUGCAUCAAUCUAAAAAUGACAAGAAAGCGACUUUUUUCCUUUAUAUUUUUUCACCGUUUUUUUUUGAUAUAUGUAUAUAAAGUAUUUUUCAUAAAAACUGAGAAAAACCAAAAAAAAUAUGAGAUAUACGAUUAUUUUCAAAUUCUGGCACAAUUUCAUUAUUUUAAAUUUAUACGGCUUAUAUUUUUUACCAUAAAUAUUGCUCCAACGAUUCCAUAAUGACUAGAAAAAACAAAAAUCAAAUUCAGUUAAAAUCCUCUGAGAUAAUUACUGAUUCAUGAUAAAAUAAAUCAACCUAUACAUUAAAUUCCCUUCUGUAUCCUACAUGUCCAACAUCCUACCUAAACAGUGACUGCACCCGUUUUCAUUAUCCGUUUUCAUAGUCCCUUGUUUUACCUCUGUAAAAGAAAAAAGAAAAAGCUGUUCUAGAAUCAUUAUUCUAGAAAUGGGGACGAGUGCAGCCACUGUUGUAGGUAGGAAAUUGGGAAGGUAACGAGAAUUUAAUGUAUUUCUGUUUGUACUCAACGAUUUACCAUUGGUAACGGAAAAACCAUUCUGAGCGGAGUUCUGUUGAUAAUGUUACUUUGUCAACAAUAUAAAUGUCAUAAUAUGAUAAAAUAAUUAAAUAUAACCUAACCGUAAUAAACGUUCUUUUGUAAAUUUACAAAUUUCGACAUUUUUUAUCUCGAUUAACUUUAAAUUAAAAUAGAAAAUAAAUAAAAUGAUUAAACGCAUAAAAAAAAAAAGAAAAAGAAGAUUUGUAUGAAACCACGGUUUAUUUAAAUUGAUAAUUUCGGACAAUUUUAUAUAUCUACCCUUCCCUCGUUCCAGUAUGAUAAAAUAGUAGGUGUGCGAAACAAUAAUUAUUAGAUGAGCUCCGUUCACCUCCCAAAUUCAAGCACUGUGUCCACCGUAUUAAUAUAUUAAGCUUUAACCCAAGUGUUUAUAAUUUUUAUAACCCAUAAUAUAAACAAUUUUUUGUAAAUUAAUGCAACUAACAAUAUUUUUAAUUCUUGGUAAUUUUUCAUUGCUGGCCCAUCUAGAGUAUAUGUGUAUACAUAUUUACACAUUAAGGUAUGCAUUGUAAGGAAUUUCAAAUGCCUUGAGUUCUAUAUAAUAUUAAACAUAUUAUUUGUUUGUACAACUAAUACGCAGCACAUAAAAAGAGGAAGAGAGAGAAAAACUUGUCUACUAAGAAUAAAUGCACAUACAAUACUUACUAAAAAAAAAAUAAGAAAAAAAAAAUAAAAACAAUUAUAUUUGUCAUUUAAUUACCGUAUAUACAUCACGGAUAGUCUGUGAUUUUUUUCCUUCGAAAUAAGUAUACAGGUACUACCUAUAAACUACCUAACCUAUACGUACCUAUGUAUUGUUGUCCGGAAAUGUCGUGAAAACAGGUUUUUCAAAUAUGAUACCAAUUAUAUUGUCUGCGUUGCAUUGCAAAGAGACUUUGCGUAAAUAUAUAUAUAUGUAUGUAUUUAAAACCUUAAAACCUAUAUAAUAUUAUUAUUAUUGAUGCGAGAGAGAAUUUCUCUUUAGAAAAAAAAAAUGCCAUAUACGAGGUGAAUGUGCUACAUUAUAUUAUUAUCUCUGGGCACUGCGGCGGCGUGGGCUAACAAGUGGUCGCGGAACAUUGAUAAUAAUACGCUUAGGUAUAGGUCUUUCUUCUUAUCUGUAUGUUAACUAUACGACGGUUUUGCGGAAGAUUUAAUAGAGCGUGCUAUAUUAAUACGCAUUAAUUAGAAUUACAUGUGUACAUUUUAUAGGUACUUUACGGUGAUGAUAAGACCACUAUGAGUAUUAAAUCAAUUAUUUCAUUAAAAAAAGAAGCAUUACGUGCUCGUCGGGUUUUUUUUUUUUUUUUUUGAAUACAGGUACCUAUACUUGGAGAAAGCAGAUGGCCUUGUUCGCUGGACACUGCGCACAGCAUUAUAUUAUAUUUUACUUUCAAAACAACUAGACCUAAAUCGGGGCGGCUCUUAUAAUAUUUGAGGGAUUUUCUACAUAUUGUUGUUUUAUACGCGUAAUAAUCAUAGCCAAAUGUCCGUGGCCUGACCGGUUUUUCCUAUAUUAUAUGUAUUGACAAAACAAAAAUUAAAAAUUUUACUUUUUUUAAAUUUGUUUACAAGUAUAUUAUACCUAUACGAUGUGUAGAAAGCUGAAUAAUAUAUUCCGUGCUUUAUUUUAAACAAACCUUUUUCUUACUUUUUCACUUUUUCGGUAGACUAUUGUCGCGGGAUGCAAUGAGUGCGGACAAACGGAGCUUAUCCAGUAGCCGGAAGAACAAAUUGAGCAGGUACACAAUCCGAGGAGGAUCCGAUUUUGAUACCAUGGUGAGUAUUUUAUCACGUGUGGGCCAUGAAUAAUAUUAUGACAACGACCACGAAAUAGAUUUAGCUCACGACGUGAGCAGUACUAAUUGUUUUUUUUUUUUUUAAAUUUAAUCUCUGACGAAUUCACCUAUUUUUCCAUGUAUAGGGCCAUACGAGAUAUCACGAACUCCGGAAAUUCGUGAAAAAAGGCAACGACUUUUGUAAAGAGCUUAGUGGAAUUCUGCAAGAGAGGUAAAUACUAAAUAUUUAAUUUAUGAUAGCGCCAGGACAUAUUUUAAUGAGAUUUUCUGUGUUCAAAUGAACACACAAUAAAGUCCAAAAGUCCAUUUGACAUUCGGUAGAGCAAAAUUAUUCCCAUUCAUUUGAAAAUAGAAUAUGGUAAAAAAUUGAAUUUUUAAAUUUUUAUAACGAAAUAUUUUAUUUUAUAUAAGAAAAAUCAUUAGUUCAGGGAGAGGUAGGUAGUUGGGAAAAGUUCAAAUAUUAAGAGGAAAAUGUUGGUCAUUCUGCUCGUGGAGCUUUUUUUAAGAGAGGGGAAAUGAACACCAGAGGUAAUUCACUAAAAAAUGCCCUGGAUAGUCCUGAAAUCGUAUAAUUGUAUGUAUUUUUGUUAUGAAUUAAUUUUGAAAAAAAACCCAUCCCGUUUUAUUAUAAUUCAUAGAAUUGAACUUGAAGUAAACUACGCGAAAACAAUGUCCAAACUUUCAGCGAAACUGACAAAAGUUGCGAAAAAAGGCAUCGGUUCUAUACAGAAUGCGUGGUUGUCGAUCGGCAAAGAGAUGGAAGCCGACAGCCAAGCGCACCGGUGUAUCGCUAAUUCGUUAGAAGAGGACAUAGUAAAACCGCUCAAGAAUUUGCAAGAAGCACAUUGCCGGAUAAAAAAAACGGUCGAAUGCAACGUUAGCAAAACCAGUAAGUAUAGGUACAUAUACUCAUAUAAUAAUUAUUUUUAAAAUCUGGUAUUCAAGAAAACAAUGGUUAAACAGCGGGACUCGUUUAUGUAACUUUAUGUAACGUUUAUAAAUUUCUGCAAACCUAAUCAGAAAUCAGAAAAUACCCUUUAGGAAUAAUUGCAUUUCGUUUCGCUCUAUAAGUUAGGCCAAACGGUAUAUUUUCGGAAAAUUAUGGAAUAAAUCCUGUUUAACUAAAUGUUUACCUUUUAGAUUCUGAACGGAGCGAGGAAUGUAUUGGUUUUAUAAUGGUGUUUAUUUUGGUUUUCUUUGUUUUUUGUCUCUAAACAACUUUUCUACGAAAUAUUUUGCUUCGAUUUUCAAGUAUACCACUUUUCCUAAAGUAAAUUAGACUGAGUAGUGUUUUAAGGAGGUUAUUUUUUAAUUUUCCUAGGAGCUUUUAUAAUAAUUGGGAAAAACCGGGAAAAAAGGUGGGAAAACCAAGAAAAUUUAAAAAAUAGGUUUUAUUUUCUAAUCAUAAAUAUUACAGCCUUUCAAAACAUUUUUAACCGAACACCGCUCCCGAUUGUUUUCAUUGGCAAUCAUUAAUCAUUGUGUACAAAUAUAUAUUAAAUUUCAUGUUAAAUUAGUAUAUCCGCUGUAAAAACCCGAGAUGGGACUGUAUAUCCUUAAAUUAAUAUUGUAUAUUUGGGACGGAACUCAGAUGCAGCCAGCGUGAAAACUGAAGACUUGUACUAAGAAUUCAUUAGUAGCUGCGCAACGGCUGUAAACUACCGAUACUACCUGAUACAAUAUUUUAGAUUUUUCACUUAAAUCGUUAUACAAUUUAAAAAAUGGUACCCGAGGUGGACGUACAGUUUAUAAUAUAUAAGAUAUUGAUGAAAUGUAGUAUUUUACUACAAUUUGGUGAUUUUCGGUGGGAUAAACAAAGUGUGUAGUACUAACGUGGUGCAGUUUUUCGUAGACGUUUUUGUUAGAGUCUUCGUGACUGGAGGAGUGAUGCAUCGCGUUUGUUAUCGUAUCCAAUCCCUGUUUACUGCGUCGUUCCCGGUCCAAGUCCUGUCUGACCUGCUGCAAUAUUUUCGUCAAUGCCUAGAUAACACAAAAAUAUUAUUGUAUCGAGUGUACUACAAUUGAAACAAUUCGUAAAGUUUCAAGGAUAUUAGAAAUAGAACAAUCAUACAAUAUUCAUUUCACUCAGUUCAGAACUAAACAAUGUCCACUAGCAUCAGUUUCAACAAUUAUACCACAAUUUCUAUUUUAACGUCUCGAUGUGUUCUCUCUCGUUUUCCCGNAAAAGUAGGUGUAUGCGAAUAAAAUAAUAAUUCGGCCGUACUGUUAUCCGUCGGUUUUUGUUCAUGGCUAGAUUCGUGUGCUCCGGAUAGAAAUCCGGAAGUACCUGGAGGCUCAGGUCAUCAUCGUAUUUAUUGAUGGUGUCGGCGACGAUCGAAAAAUCUUUCGACACGUCGCACUCGUAUAUCGGCUCACUGAGUCGCGACGUAAUCUAAAACCAUUAAGAAAUAUCGUAUAACGCCACAACAUCACUGUUUUUGUAUAUUAUGCGCACUACGAAAUAUGAUUACAUUAUAAUAAUGCACAAUAUGUAGUAUAAUAGUUGGUCGUUAUUUUUUUUUAUCGCUCAUGACAGUAUUUUAAAAAUAAUAAUCUAUAUAAUUUAUACUGUUGAAAUUUAAUGUUAAUUUAUUGUUAGUUAUAGUUUAUGUUGUUUUAAAAAGUUGCCCGACACGAAAAAGAAAAUGAUAUGAGAUAAUAUAAACGACUAUUUACUAUACAAGAUGCUCAAAUUAAAUGGCUAAACUUGAUAUUUUGAAAAGUAAUGACUUUUAGAUUCUGAGUGGAGCCAAGCAGUGCAUGGUUUUAAAAAGAUGUUUAUUUUUUUUUCUCUGUACAACUUUUCUACCAGAAUAUACCUCUGAUUUACAAUUGAGAUAUAAUAGAGAAUCCAUGGAGAUAAAUUUUUCUUUUAGUAAAUAAAUCACACAUGAUACAUCGGACCAUGAUUUCCGGUAGAAAUGUUUGCAAAACAAAUCAAAAGGUAUUAUCCAAUUAAGAAAGUCUGAACGGGCGAUAGCUGGGUCUCUAGGUACAUUUAAAAUACAUUUCGUUUUUUCGCUGUCUAGGUAAAAGGGAAAAAAAAGUAUAAACAAAUUUUUUCAAAACAUGGGUUUUAAUUCGCUACCCUAAAGAUGACAAUAGACAUGUAUUACCAUUUAGCUUUGGCAAUCAUAUUAAAAGUUGCACAGUAUAGAAUUAUUCAAUAUAACAUAUAUAACAUUCAAUAAAACAUGACAACAGUCCGCCCGUUUCUGACUUCCCUAUCGUUCUUUAAUCGGCAAUAAACAUAAGUUCUAAAAAAAAAAAUUCGAAAAAUUCGAUUUGUUCUACAUAAUUUUUUUCUCGAGUGAUUUUUUUUUUUUUUUUGACUACUAAGUAAGACUCUUAAUGAACCUCCAGUUAAAUUUGCAAACAUUUCUGUUCAAGUGUUACAAUUUUACCACACGGUAUCUACCGAAUAAAAAUAAGGUACAAAACUCGCAAAGUAAAAAGUUCUAUAAAUAGUUUAAGAAUGGCUACAUUUUUUGAAAAUUUUACGACGUCUAGAAAAGGAACGUAUACGUUUUCUAUCCAAAUAUUGAGUCUCUACGAAUAUUUUUAACUGAAUUACAAGUAACAAAAUCGAAAAACAAUAAAAGCAUUAUUUUCGUAAAUUUGUUUGUUCUUCUUACCUUUUAUUUUCGUUUUUUCCAGAUAUUAUAAAAACCACUAGGAGAAUCUAAAAUGACUUACCUAAAGUACCUAUUAUCUGGACAAUAUUCCCGUUUUUAAAUGGUACCGCGUGUAUAUGACUGAGCAAAAUUGCUGAUAGAAAAGUUGUCCACAGAAAAAUAAAAUCAUAGUAGUUUACUAAUAUUUUCCCGUUUUUCUCGUUUUUCUUUUUUAUUGGAAAACCGCCAAGAAAAUCGAAAAAUAAUUUUUGAUCAAAAAAAAUAUCACUUCAAGAAAAUUUCCUUUCAGAAAAAGGUGUAAAUUGUGUACAUUUCAGUAAUCUUUCUGAUAGGAAAAAGGAUUUACAUAAUAAAAAAAAUAUAUCUUUGUAAAACCAAUAUAUUCUUAUCGGUAUACUCAGAAUUUAAAAAUCUGUUAAAUCGAUCAAUAGAAGUUUUUAAUUUUUUAGAGAAUACCCGUCUCAAGCCUAGUAUAUAAAAUAAAUUACUAUUUAAAUUAUUAUGGUAAUAAUAUACAUUUAAUGGAAUAGGUUUAUCUGUGAUAAUUUUCAAUAAAUGUCAAAAUUGUUUUACAAUUUUAUAGAGACGCCUAUUAUACGUAAUACAAAUUAAUUAAUUAGGUAUAGAUAAUUUGCUUAAGAUGAUGUGCAUGCAAAAUGAUUGAAAAUAAUUUGUCGAAUAUUGGGAUUGUUAUAGAAAAAUGCAUGAACAAAUGGAGGUCUGAUGAACGGAGGAGUAAAAAAGAAAGUUUUGCCGUAGCUAGAGAAAACGAAAAAAUCCAAGACAUGACAGCCAUAGACGCUUCGUAUUCGAUGCUGACGAGCACUACGAAUUUGGCCAAAGAUGCGACAAAAGUAAAUAUUUUGGUUUCUCGUUAUUAUUUUAAUACUUAAUACCUCUAAAAUUAUAUAAACAUUUAAUACCUGUAAUAACUAUAAAAUAUAUACUAUUUUACGCCAAAAAAAUAUAUAUUUUAAUCGAAGCGUUUCGAUUCGUUUUAAUACGCAUAUAGUUGGAAAAUAAAAAAAGAAAGCUGGAAGAGUCUGUGAAAAAGAGUUAUACAGAAUAUUACACGUACUGCGUCCGGACCGCCAGAGCCAAGUGAGUGUUAUUGACAUCGUACCUAUAUUUCAUUGUAAUAAAUUGCUUGUUCGAAAUUUGAAUUUCAUUAGACUUGAAUGGGAAAUGUCCGUGAACGAGGGAGAAAAGAACUUUAUGAUGUUGGAGGAAGAACGUCUAUUGCGGUUGAAAGAAUACGCUCAGUAUGUGUUACAGUCUUAUCAGAAACUCGUACCAAAAAUCUCGCAGGUAAUUCAAACUGCAAUAAUUAUUUCAGGAAACCACAGGAAAAUGAAUCCCCUUUAAGGUCUAGAUAUAGCAUCUAUAUAUUAUAUAAAUAACAAUUUUUUCAUUCCUGUAUUUUUAAUAUUUUUAUCAAUAUUACUACAAUAUGCAUUGGUUAUAGCUUUAAACUCGUUGAAUGUCACGUUGAAAUUCAAAUGAAUGACUUUUGGCUAUUUUUAAAAUGACAUUGUUAUAUUUUCCGGAAAUGAUAGAUAUCGGAGACGUCGGGUCCUAUCAUUAACUGAACAAGGUCCGUAUUACUGAAUAAACCUAUGUAAACAAUUAGUAGAAUAUUAUUCGUCUUAUGUUAUCAAAAUAUUAUUAUUUAUACAUUUUAUACAUACAUACAGUACUUUGUAGUUCGUGUUUUGUCUUUAUUCCGUUGUUUACUUUUGUUUGUUUGUACUUCGAAAUCCAUCGGUUUUUUUUUUCAAAUUUGUUAUAUAAUUUGUAAUAUUUUUAUAUCUAUUAUCUCGGAUAUGAUUCGAAUAAAGCCAAAAAAAAUAUUUCGCACGUAGGUGGGCAACUGUUGUAGGUGAGAAGUUGGAAAGAUAGUAAAGGGAAAAUUGAAUGUAUAUCUGUAAGCAACGAUAUACCAUUGCUAACGACUAAACGACUCUGAGCAGAGUUUAGUUGAUAGUGAUGCUUUGUCAACAAUACAUAUGUCAUAUUAUGGUUAAAUGAUAACACAGGCAUUAUAUAUAUUUUUUAAUAUUAAUUCAAUAUUGUACCUAUUUUUCCGUUUUUCCUAUGUGUCUAUGUCUCAACUAGACAACAACAUCAUGGCAGAUAAAAAUAUUUUUGUUUUUGAAUUACCAACUUGUAUUAAAAAUAAAAAAGAACUAACACAAAGAUGUGAAUACAUUCUUUAAAUAGUACACGUCCUUCCAAAGGUGUGUUUAAUUUAAUUUUUAAAAAAAACAAAAGAGAUCCAGUGAAGUUUUUUUAAAUUAUUUCUGGAUGAGCGUAUCGGAAUUUGAAGAGCAACUAACUGUUUAUCUAGAAACACGACUUUUAAAAAUCGACACUAACAUGAGAAAAAGUAAUACUCCAGCUGAAGUGUUGAUUAUUAAAACUUGAAAAUGAAGAAUGAAUUAGUAUUAAUAACAAAAUAAUAAUCAGUCGCACAUUUUGUUACGGCGUGUGUGUUCUCCAGCUAUCAUUAUAAUGCAUAUUUAUAUUCCAAAAAAAUGACAUAUAUUUUGUUGACAAAGCAUCAUUAUCAAUGAGCAUAAUUCUGGGGAAAAUUAAAAAAUGACCGCCUUAAACUACUUAUCGCCCCAGUGUGAUUUUCUUUCAGAAAUAUUGCUAAAAUUGUAAAUCAGAGGUAUAUUCUGGUAGAAAAGUUGUACAGAGAAAAAAAAAUAAACAUCUUUUUAAAACCAUGCACUGCUUGGCUCCACUCAGAAUCUAAAAGUCAUUACUUUUCAAAAUAUCAAGUUUAGCCAUUUAAUUUGAGCAUCUUGUAUAGUAAAUAGUCGUUUAUAUUAUCUCAUAUCAUUUUCUUUUUCGUGUCGGGCAACUUUUUAAAACAACAUAAACUAUAACUAACAAUAAAUUAACAUUAAAUUUCAACAGUAUAAAUUAUAUAGAUUAUUAUUUUUAAAAUACUGUCAUGAGCGAUAAAAAAAAAUAACGACCAACUAUUAUACUACAUAUUGUGCAUUAUUAUAAUGUAAUCAUAUUUCGUAGUGCGCAUAAUAUACAAAAACAGUGAUGUUGUGGCGUUAUACGAUAUUUCUUAAUGGUUUUAGAUUACGUCGCGACUCAGUGAGCCGAUAUACGAGUGCGACGUGUCGAAAGAUUUUUCGAUCGUCGCCGACACCAUCAAUAAAUACGAUGAUGACCUGAGCCUCCAGGUACUUCCGGAUUUCUAUCCGGAGCACACGAAUCUAGCCAUGAACAAAAACCGACGGAUAACAGUACGGCCGAAUUAUUAUUUUAUUCGCAUACACCUACUUUUAAUAAUACUAUUAUUUAAAAAUAAAUAAGAACAAGAGGUAUAGUAUAAAUACGAGUGUUACAGUGAUAGGUGUAACGGGAAAACGAGAGAGAACACAUCGAGACGUUAAAAUAGAAAUUGUGGUAUAAUUGUUGAAACUGAUGCUAGUGGACAUUGUUUAGUUCUGAACUGAGUGAAAUGAAUAUUGUAUGAUUGUUCUAUUUCUAAUAUCCUUGAAACUUUACGAAUUGUUUCAAUUGUAGUACACUCGAUACAAUAAUAUUUUUGUGUUAUCUAGGCAUUGACGAAAAUAUUGCAGCAGGUCAGACAGGACUUGGACCGGGAACGACGCAGUAAACAGGGAUUGGAUACGAUAACAAACGCGAUGCAUCACUCCUCCAGUCACGAAGACUCUAACAAAAACGUCUACGAAAAACUGCACCACGUUAGUACUACACACUUUGUUUAUCCCACCGAAAAUCACCAAAUUGUAGUAAAAUACUACAUUUCAUCAAUAUCUUAUAUAUUAUAAACUGUACGUCCACCUCGGGUACCAUUUUUUAAAUUGUAUAACGAUUUAAGUGAAAAAUCUAAAAUAUUGUAUCAGGUAGUAUCGGUAGUUUACAGCCGUUGCGCAGCUACUAAUGAAUUCUUAGUACAAGUCUUCAGUUUUCACGCUGGCUGCAUCUGAGUUCCGUCCCAAAUAUACAAUAUUAAUUUAAGGAUAUACAGUCCCAUCUCGGGUUUUUACAGCGGAUAUACUAAUUCCGUCUCAUGUUAUUUAAUUAUUUAUACUAGUUCCUUCCCGUUUUGAAUUGUUUAUACAAUAUUAAUGUAGUUUACAAUUUAUGAAUACUACGAUAACAAUUUUUUAUUAUUUAGAAACAAAGAUAAUAUUGUUUUUAAUUAUCGCACUAAAUAAUCGAAUUUCUAUGAUAUAAUACUUUAAUAUUAUUUGAAUUUUUUUUUUUGUAUUUUAAUAUUGAUAAGAAAAAUGUUUACAUAAAUUAUAAUUUUUUUAUAUCAUAUAAAUUUAAUUCGCUUACAUAUUUUCAUUUAUGUAAUUAUAUACCAUGUUUGAAUUUUAGAUUCCUAGUAUGGCGAGGGAACUAUUGGGUUUACAAUGCUGUUUAUUUCUUUUUCAUUUUCUUUAUUCUAUGUUCUAGUCUGUGGAGACGUUUUAUUCUAGCAAACUUAUUCCGAUUUUUACAUGUAGUAACUUUUCUGAAAGCUCAUAUUAUUUUGAUUGUUCUUUAAAAACGUCGUUUUUUGAUUUUCAAAGUCAUUUUUUAAAUAAAAUCACUUAUAUUGAAAAAGACGUAGGAAAACUUAUAAUUUCACGAUUUCAUUAUUUUAUAAAAACAUGGACGACAUUUUCUACCAGAAAAAAUGAUGAAGUCGAAAAUCCACAAGAUACCUUUUUUGUUGUCUUUUUGAUUUACCUUCUUAUGGUAUCAUUGCCAAAACUAUUGAGCUUUUAAGUAAUUUUAAUAUUUAGGAAAUUUUUUGCUGUAAUUCGGUUAUAAAUACGUAGAGACUUGAAACUUGAUAAGAAUACUUAUAUUGUCUUUUAUCAAGUAAUGGUUUAUAUUUUCUUAUAGAUAUAAAUAAAAUAAUCUUAUGUAUCAUACGUUCCUAACUUCUCACCUACAACAGUAGCCGCUCCCAUUCUCAGUAUCAGCUCUGUUUUAUGUUUAACAUUUAUGUAUUUAUGUAGACAAAACAUAUUUAAUGGGGACAGAGUUUGUAUAUACACUUAUUUUAAUCAGGACGGAAUUGAUAUAUUAUACCUUUUUUUCACUCCGGACGGAUUUGCUAUAUACUUUAUUUUCACCUGGAACGGAAUUGGUAUAAAAAUAGGUUAUUGGGACGGAACUCGAAUGCAAUCUUCACGACUAUCGAUAAUUAUCGUAGCUACUGAAAACCCGAUCUAUAUCGGAUUUUCCAUUUGUACUCUUUAUUUUGUCAAGACUUGCUUUAGUCGAUUUGAAUAGGUACAAAAUGUAUAAUACAACUCGUAAUGAUUUUACCUAUCUAUGAUUUAUAUUUUUAUUUUACUAUAACGUAUUAGGUACUUAUAUAAACUUAUUUUUCUCUCUUGUAUCGUUAACAUUCGUCAUAUUUUUCAGACGAAUUUAAUGAUUUUAUAUUUGGAAGCAGUCAAAUACAAAGUGGUCACGGCCCUAGACGUUUUGGAAGGUCAACCUCCGACCAUGUCCAAUACGCUGGCACAACACAUUGAAACUACUAGAGAUAAAAACGGACAUCAAAUGUCCGUUCUCAAGGUAUUCAAGGCUGCGGCGUUAUUAUUGUCGUUAAUGGUUUUAUUAUUGUUAUUUAAACGUGAAUUUCGUGUUCAUAUAUUAUAUAGAUGCCCGCAUCGGUGUAUCGGAAACUUACAUCGUCAACAAAUCCGUCUCUCAACGAAUCCAUGUGGUCGGAUCGUGGUUCCGCAGAUGGAACAGAUAUCGGUGGGGAAAUUUCUUAUAUUUACGUUGAAACGUCGUCGUCGAAAUGAUCCGGCUAAAUAAUUUCAUCCUAUAUGAACAAUUAAAAGUUAACCUGCGUUACUACCUUUGUAAAGAAUCAAAAUAAUAACAAAUUAAAUCGCAACCUAAACUUUACUAAUAAUAUUAAUACUUGCCUAUAAUGUCUUAGAAAAUAUAGAAAGAAGAGCUGCAAAAGAAAAAAUAAUGAAACAGUAAUUUUUCAUACAAAUCAAAACAUUAUAUACAAUAUUUACCUAUUACAUGCCAUCACCUUUGGGAAUUUAGCUCUCAAAUACAGUAAAGUCCCCCGUCCUCAAAUCAAGUCCUAAUCUAAUAAAUGUUACACAUUAUCAAUAUUAUAGGGUCUAUAUAAGCAUAACCCCCUCAAAAUGUUUGGACUAUUACAUCUAUGCAUCUAAGAAGUAGGUAAUAUAUAUAUAUAUAUAUAUAUAUAUAUUUGUCUUCUUGUUUGCUAUUUUAACUCAGAAUCUAAUCAAUGAACAAUAAAAUUGUAAUGUACACAAUUCAGUCCAAUUGUUAUACUUAUUUUACACCCCCUACUCAUCCGAAUCUUUUAUUGAAUUUUAAAAUUGUAUAUAAUUUUAAUACUUUACAUUCAGCUGUUUUAUCUUUUUCUUUUUUUAUCUCGUACAGCCCUUCAAAUACCUAUAUCUUGUCAUAAACCUAUAAAUAUUAUUGUAUUUCUUUUCAGUUACUAUCACUAAAUAUUUAUUGCUCUAUAUUAUAUCGAUAUUUGUGUAUUUUAUUUUCUUAUUCUUUUAUCAUCAUCAUAUUGAUUCAUCUUCGAAAAUUCAACAUUUUGGAGGUUCCUACAUUAUAUUAUACUACCUUAAACAUUACAAAUUUCGUUAAUCAAAAUAUAUUUAUUUUUUUUGUACCAUUUUAGAUUCUGAGUGAAACAGAGAAUUUUAUAGUUUUACAAAGAUGUUUACUUAUUUAUUGUUUUUAUUGUUAACAACUUUUUUACCAGAGGAUUUUCUCAGAUUUAUAAGUGUAGCAUUUAUUAUGAAAGGUGUGGGAAGGUACUUUUUCGAUUUUCUCAUCAAAUUUUAAAAACAAUAAAAAGCGAGAAAUUAUAAGAAAUGUAGGUAUUUAGUUAAAUUAUACUACGACCUUCUUAUUUUUUGUGUACAACAAAACCAGCAAUUUUGUUCCAAUUUAUAAGGAUAGCAGUGUUUCUAAAAGUAAAUUUCACUAGGGAGAUACUUUAAAGAAGUCAUUUUUUGAUUUUCUCGGAAGUUUUCCGAGAAAAUGUGUAAAACUAGAUAUUUUAAUUUUACGAGUUAUUUUUACAUUAUUAUUUUUUGGUAGGUAGUCUAAGGAUUAAACUAUUUAACUAUUAUGUAAUACAUCCAAGCACAAGCGAAUAUUAUGAGUAUUAGGCAUAUAUAAUUAUUUUACCAUAAAAUGACAAAUAUGGAUGGCGUUCGUGAAAAAGGGUGUAAGUCAAAUUUCACAACUUUUCAGGAGACGAAAAAAAUGAUUAAUUGUUGUUUUUUUACAAGAAUGAUAAAUACAAUUAAUUAGUCGAGACUGCAAAUCAAAAACAUAGGUAACAAUUCGGCAGGGAAAAUGGGAAAUUAAAAAGUAGGUCUUUCUAAAUAUUGCAUUGUACAGCUGCAAUAAUGAGGAAAAUCGUCGCGAAGAUUUUCGAGACGUCACGUUUUAUCUAAAUUCCACUACUCAAAAUCGCGUGUGCACAAUUUGUGUUAUUAUUAUUUGAUCUUACCUCAAUACCCAAUAUACUCAAAUAUCGACAAUGUUUAAAAAUUAAUUUAUGUUAAGUUAGUUAAAACAUUUUUUUUUUUUUUUUAGGACCUUAUAUUUUUUUUCUAAACCUAACAUAACCUUUACCAGUAUAGGUAUUAAAUAUAAUAAUAUCACAUAAUACUAAACGAUUUUAUGAUCUAUACUCGACUAUCUAUCUAUACAGUCGAGUAGCAUUAAAAAAAAAAUCUUAAACCUGAUAUGUCUAAUUAUAAUAUUACCAAUGCAUAUCAGCGCAUUGAGAUAUUGUUUAAAUACUUUUUUUUUCUAAUACAGUGUAAUUUUUUAAAAAUAUGUUCUAUGUAGUAUCACAAAUUCAUAUUCACGUUAUAUCACUCGGUUUGUGAAAUAAUUUCUCAAUAAAUUUAAGUUCAUGUACAAUAAUAAUAUUAAUCCAACAAUAUCUAUAUAAUUAAUAAAAAUAGUUCUGAAAAUGCAAUCAUUUCUUUUUAUCAUUUUACGACACGUCGACGAUUUUGAGAGUGUAAUUAUAUACUUAUAACAUGGGUUACCUGAUUUGUUUUUUUAUAUAGACGAUUUCUCAAGCAACGAAGAUAACGAUGGCGACGAAGAAAAUUAUAUUCAAAUUCCUCGGUGUAAAGCACUUUACCAUUAUUCGGCAAAACUCAACGAUGAACUGUGCUUAGAACCAGGCAUGUUGAACACUCAUGUUUUACUUUUUGAUUUUAUUAAUAAUUUUACUCAGGGAACGUUAAUUUUAAGUUUAACAUUCACCUUUUAAAUUCUGAGCACAGCGAGGAAUGUGUUGAUUUUACUAUGAUUUUUUUUUCAUUGUGCCUGUAAACAACUUUUCUACCAAAAACUUUAUAGGCAAUUUCUUGUAGAAUUCUUUUCUUAGUUAUUGAGUUCAGGAUAUUAUGUUUUGUAGGUUUCUACUUGAUAAAUGGAAAAACUUAGCAUCUAGUUAUAUUAUUUUUUAUUGAUUUUUAAGUUACCUUAACAAUAAGAGAGAAAAAGUUAUUUAUAAUAAAAAAAAAUUUUAAAUUGCGUUUGGGUAUGCCAUUAAUAUAAAUGAGAAUUUGGAAAGGUAGGAUACAUAUAAUUAUUAAUAAUUCCUUAUCUCUUAAUGAAAAUUAAUUGUUUUCAUGCCAAUUUUCUAGAAAUUAAAACAGCUAUUACUCAGAAACUAUUGAUCGGUUAUGAAACAUCCGGUACAUUUAAAUUUUUAGAAUAAUAUUUUUUACAAAAUAACUAGGUAUUUAGACAAUUUUGAAAAGUGAAACAAAAAGUUAUUUGUUCCGAUGAGUAAGGGAUCAAAAAAAAAUUAUUUUUCUCUACAUAUUUGCCCCACUGAUCCAAAACCCGAUUGAAAAAAAAACCAACUAUAUAAAACCUUGUAUAUCAUAUCUUUCCUUCAAACUUCCCUACUAAAAUAGUGGUAUAUUUAUUAGCAGUAUUAUCUUUUAAAUAUUAAUUUAUUUUAUUUAAUUGAAAUAUUAAUAGAACUUUUUACUUGAUUAAUUUAUUUUACCGAAUUAAUUUUAAAUGUUAUAAAAAGUUAAUUUUUAUUUUUUUAAUAUUUAGCACAAUAUUAAAUUUACAUUCAUUAGUAUUCAGUUGCACCAAAGUUGUUAUCUAUUAAUGAAUUAAUUUUAACAUAUGUUAAAUUUACGAGUGUUGCUCAAUCGUUGGUUUAUAUUCAGAUUACAAAAUAUUGGUUAACAAAUAAAUAGUUCCACUACCGGCAAUAGAAGUAACACAAAACAUCGAUAACUAAAUUAUCUAUGCAUACAUUUUUACACGACGAUAAAUGUGUCUAUAAUUUAACUCUUGAUAAAAUACAUUUUUAUCAACAGAUAAAAUUUAAAACACAGUUUAUGCAACAGUAUUUAUUUUAACUCCAGAUAAAUGAGUUUAUCUUUGUGUAAAGAUUUAGUACAACCCGUCAUAGGGAUUCGAAUAUGAAUACUACAAUUAAACCAUUUUGAUGAUACAUAUUAAAAAAAAAAAAAAACGACAAACUUUAAAUUAAAGGUCAAUUAUUUUUCCAAAAUCUUUAGACCUCAUAGUAUACGGCCAAUUCCAUUAUGAUUCUAUAUUCAUUCUGUAUGUCACUUCUUGGAUAGCCCCUUUUCAGUCUCUUUACUUCUAAAGUAUAAUUUACCCAAAAAGGUCUUGUUUAAAAUCAAACUAUUAAAGAACACCAAAGCCAAAGUAUCUCAUUACGGCACCUGUUAACAAGUUUCUUGAAAACCUAAACUUUCUCAUCAUCAAUUUCGUUUCCAAUCAAAUUUUAGAUUAACCAAUCAAGAUGCCACAAAAAGAACUGGUGUGGGGGCUGCUUUCUCCAAAAAAAUAAAAAUAAUCUCUAAGGAUGCCGUUACUGGGCGGCUGCCUCUAUCCUACCUUCUUCAAUCCUCUAUAUUUCCUCUCAUUUACUUAUUGUAAUAAACUUAUUACAGAUUGUAAAUAUUUUUUAUGUUAUUAUAAAUAAAUAAAAAAAAAAACUUAAGUUUGACCAUUUUCACUGUAACGACUAACGAGAAUAACAAUAAUUUUACAAAAAAAAACCAGAUUUUCUUUGCACCAUGAGUAUGCAUUUGUCUAUAGCUGGGUAGUUGGGUGGUUGAAUAUUUUAUAAGGUAAUUUAUUUAUAGCUUAUACACUGUAGGCAAUGAUUAAUAAAUGCAAACGAAAUGCAAUUUUGAGCGAAGAAAUAUAAGUAGUAUUUUAAAAAGGAUUUAAGUGACAUUUUUAUUAAUAUAAACAAUUUUUUUAUGAAAAAUAAAAGCACAUAUCUUAGUAAAAACAGGGCUCGAAUUGGGGAAGGGCGCAGGGGAACGAAGUACCUCAACUAAUUUUUCACAAAUGGGAUGCAGUAGCGGAUAUAAAGGGGGUUCCAUAGCGAUCGCCCCUCUUUGGGCCGUGUAUUUUAUGUAAUUCUUAUACUCUACAAUAAUUUAUUGUAAAAUAUAUAUAUAAUUAUUAUAUAUUUCAUAAAAACUACCCCCUUUUGAACCACUUCAGGAUUCGCUACUGGUUAUUAUCUUAAAAACACAGUAUAUAUUUUGUAUUAUUAUCACAAUCAAUUUUCUUUCGGAUUUGAGCAUAAAAUGCUUAUAAAAAAAUUACUAAAUUACGUAAAAUUUUUUUUUUCCACUAAUUUCAAUUUAUCAAACGAAUUUUAAUCAAAUAAAACUAAAUAAAAUCCUAAAAACUCCACAAAUUUUAAUGACUAUAACUGAAAAAUCACCAGGAUGAUUUGAAAAUUAUAUCAUAUCUGGAAAAGCUGUAUUUAAGGGACUAUGACUAUAUAAGUAUUCAGUGAAAUUUCUGACCUCUAAGAUUAUUUUUCAUUGAAUAAACUAAAUAGAAUAAAAUAGAAACAAUAAAUUUAUCAGUAACAAGUUUUCCCGACGUUUUUUCUUAAGGUUUCCUUAUAGUUAAGAAUAUUACAAAGGAAAUCAAAAAAUAACUAUCUUACUUCACCAACGAAACAACAAUUUUUACUAGAGACCAUCAUCUCUAAAGUUGAUGAUUAGAGCAAGAUUUCCGGUGGGGAAUUCGUUCACCCACAGAAAAUAAAAUAAACUCAUCAUAGUAUUAACCAUCAUAUUAAAAUGUAAAAUAAAUAUUAUCUAUUAUAUAAGCAAAGAUUAACCUGCAAUAGGUAGUGGUUGGGUUAUAUUAGGUUAGGUUUGAAAAUUAAAAUGUUACAUUUUCAUAAGAAUAUAUUAUAAUUAAGGCUGUGAAUUUAAUGCACUAAAAAAUCUUAAAAAAUGCAUUUAAAAUUUCAAAAAUAUGCAAAAAAUGACUAAAAUUGUAGUGCAUUUAAAAUUUAAUGCACUUUACAUAACUUUUAAUUAAAUUUUUAUAAUUAUAUUGAUAUUAGUUUAUUAUAUGCCCACAAAUUUAUUUAUUGAAUAAAAAAAAAAAUUAUAUUUUCUUUAAUUCUAUUCGCCUGAAACACUUAUUUAAAAUUUGUUUUUACAUCUUUAUUUUGUUAAAAAAAAAAAUGUUUUCAAAGAUGAUAACUGACGGAAUUUGAUUAAAAGUACCGGAAAAUGAACUAAAAAUAAAAUAUGACCUAAAAAGCAAAAAUGACCUAAAAAAUUAAAAACGUCAACAAAUGCAAAAGAAUGCAAAAUAAAAGUUUCAUAAAUGGAUUUGUUGUUAAUUUUUCAAAAUUAAGUACUUUCAAAGCUACGUUUCUCAAUCAUCAAAAAAAAAAAAUGUACUUUCUUACAAAUUCACAGCUCUAAUUAUAAUAAUACUAAAAAGGAUUUCACAUAGGGCAUUUUUUGAAAAAUUGUAUAUUUCUUAAUUUUUACUGUAAUAUUAAAUUUCGAAAACCCUGUACUUAUAUGGUUUUUACAUUGUGUAUCUAUAUUAUUAUGCUAUUUAUGAAAUAUUUUAGGUGAUGUAAUACAUGUGCACAGUAAAAAAUCGGAUGGCUGGUGGUUAGGAGAGCUGAAUGGAGCCACUGGCGUGUUUCCGGCCACAUAUGUUAUGGAAAUAGACUGA